UAUUUGCAACUAUCCUGCACCCAUAUAUCUUCCUUCAAUUCAAUUCUCUGAUCAUAAACCCAAAUCUCUGAAUUCUAUUGGUCUCUCUUCCCCAUGAUCCCUACUUACAUGACUUCUUCUUCAUCUUCUCCUUUCCCUUUUGACCUCAAUUACACCACUGCAGAUCAGUAUGAUGAUGAUCAAAACCCCAAUCUUUUCUUUACUUCAUCAUCAAACUAUCAAGCUGCAGCUUCUUCAUCUUCCAAUAAUAAUCACCCUUCAUCUUCCCAUCUUUUCUUGAACUAUGAUCCUCAAUUUUACCAGCCACCGGCCCCAAACGCGAAUGAUAAUUGGGGAUCAUAUGAUAAUAUGGAGGCCAAGAAAGGGCAGGCAGAAAGUGGGCAUAAUAAGUGGAGGAAAGAAGAGGAGAAAUAUGAGAAUGAAGGUGAGAAAAGUCCAGAGAAAGUGAUGAUGAUGCCUGCAAAGAUGAAGUUGGUGAAGAAGGUGAGGAGUAGUUCAGAUCGCGCAAACAUGGAAGUGGUGAAAAUUAAUGUUAGUGCAACGAAGAUUGAAGAUCAUCAUCAAAAGGGGCCAUCAUUAUCUUCUUCCUUGGAAACUGAUCACAGCAGCCACAGCUCCUCCUCCAACAAUGGCGGAAAUGGAAAUAAUAAUAAUAAUAAUAAUGUCCUCAUAGUUAGGGUUUGUGCGGAUUGUAACACCACCAAGACCCCUCUUUGGCGAAGUGGUCCUAAAGGCCCCAAGUCGCUCUGCAACGCGUGUGGAAUAAGGCAAAGGAAGGCGAGACGAGCCAUGGCGGCGGCAAAUGGCGGCGCAAACGGAACCGCCCCAUCUUCACCGUCAACGUUAAAGCUGAAGGUGCAAAAGACGACGGUGGCGAAGAGCAAUAAUAACUACCCAAGUCAUCAUCAACAACCAUUGAAGAAACGGUGCAAAUUCGUGACGGCGGCGGAAGCGUCAGCAGCGCCGUCGUCAAGCGACGCCGCAAAGAACGGCGUGGAGGAUUUCUUGAAGAAGCUAAGCAACAGCUUGGCGCUCCACCGCGUGUUCCCGCAAGAUGAGAAGGACGCCGCCAUCCUGCUAAUGGCCAUAUCCUGCGGCCUUGUUCAUGGCUAGCUACUUCUUAGCUUUUCAAUUUUCUGCUUUUAUUUCCAUUCAGCAAAUUAUUAGUGAGUUAAUUAUUAUUAUUAUGAUGAAUUAGUGAUCGAGUUUGAGCGUGCAAUUAAGGAACAGCAAAACAUUAUUAAUCCCAGGUUUUAGUUGUUCAUGAAUAAUAUAAUUAUUUUAAGUUUAAUUUGUGUAA